AUGGAAAACAGAGGCGUGAAGAGAGGCAUCGUGAUAAAGGACGAGUGGCCAGGAUACAGUCUGGACCUGUUCACGUAUCCAGAGCACUACCACCACGACAUCGAGAACGUCUACAUCCCACAUGGGGUCAUCAUGAACAGAAUCGAGCGACUGGCUCACUACAUCAAGGAGGACUUUGGGGACAACAACAUCAUGGUUCUGUGUGUUCUGAAAGGAGGCUACAAGUUCUGCUCAGACCUGGUGGAGUUCAUCGAAGUCCUGGGACGAAACACCAACCGCUACUUGGAGACCCGCGUGGAGUUCAUCCGCUACAAGAGCUACCUGAACGAUCAGUCGACUGCCGACCUCCACAUCAUUGGAAACACAGACUUGUCCUUUUUACGCGGAAAGUGUGUGCUGGUGGUGGAGGCCAUGGUGGACACAGGGAAGACCAUGCAGGCUCUGCUCAAGCACGUGCAGACGUUUGAGCCCCAGAUGGUGAAGGUGGCGGGUCUCCUGGUGAAGCGAGUCCCCAACAUGGCCGACAGUCUGACGGACUAUGUGGGCUUUGAAAUCCCCGACCACUUUGUGGUUGGAUACGCUCUGGACUACAAUGAGUACUUCCGGGACCUGAACCAUAUCUGUGUCAUCAGCAAGAGCGGGAAGAUGAAGUACAAGCAGCUGUCCUCAACACCAGGGUUUUACCGUCUGACCUUCUCUCUCGCCCACAAAGCCCUCAUUGUACCUCUGCACCUCUUUAUCCGACCACAUCAGCGUUUGGCAGCGAUGCUAACCCGGCUCCUGCCCCCCGCACUGCCCUGGGAACCCACUCGCACCAUUGUCCUCCCGGUCCCGGCUGCAGAGGAGGCUGAAAGAGAGACGCAGGUUCCACCGUCUGAGCCCGCCCACCCAGAGGACGCACAGGUAGCGGUCAGCGGCGCAGAGGAGCCCGCGGACAGGGCGCCAUCCUCCCGUCUCCAGAGCCACGUCUCCCCGGGGUUUGGAGGACUGUUCCUGGGGUUAACGGAGCCACCUGUGGACAUGAAGAAGGCGGACGGAGUGGAUUAA